CUGGUGUGAAUUGACGGGAGUCUACAGUAGUCCGCAGAGUGUCUGAGUUCUCUCUGCAGACUGGUCGGCAGAGUGUCUGAGAACCAGUCGCUUGGGAAUUCCCGGGCGACCGGUCGGCAGAGGUCUGCCACCUGCCAAGACGCCCCUUCCCGGACAACUGACCGACGAGACGUCGGUGAUUGCGACCGCAUGGUCGUCCCAAAGGAGGAGGAGGAGGAGGAGGAGGAGGAGGAGGAGGAGGGGAGGAUAAGGAGGAGAGGAGGAGAAGGAGGAGAGGAGGAGAAGGAGAGGAGGAGGAGUUGGAGAGGAGGAGGGAGGAGGGAGGAGGAGUGGAGGAGGGAGGAGGAUCAGGUUAUUAAUGAUGAUGAUGAUGAUGAUGGUGCACUGGAAGGAAAGGUUCGUUGCAAUGAAAGGAAGGUGUGGAAGGAAGAGACAGUAGAAAGCCACCUUAUGCCUCCGCCUCCUCCUCCUCCUCCUUACGCCGCCUCCUCCCCCUCCGCCUCUUCCUCCGACAAUGAUGAUGAUGAUGAUGAGGAGGAGGAGGAGGUGGAGGAGGAGGAGGAGGGGGAGGAGGAGGAGGAGGAGGAGGGGGAGGAGGAGGAGGAGGAGGCAGAGGAGAAGGAGGAGGAUCUCAGAGGGUACUUGGUGGCAAGAUCACCGACGCGCUUCCGAUCUCGGGACCCCCCACGAAAGUCGCCUGGAAGGGAUGCGGACGUGUCGUUGCAUUUGGGUUUAGGGUUCCCGGGCACUCGGUGUAAACUGCGGACUCGGAGCGUUGCGGGGGGUAUAAAGCAUCUUCUGUUCGAUCCUUUGCGUGUUCCGUGGUGGCUGCUGGAAGCCGAUCCAGAUGCGGCAUCCCGUUGGCGCGCAUCCCCACCCACAGCUCGCAAGCUAGCACCUCCGGAACCGCCCAGCCUGCAGCCAUCUGCAGGUUCAGCCUCGCAGAAAUCAAUGGGUAGCUCUACCCCAGUCUCGCAACGUGAAGCGGCGAGUGCUGGUGGCAGCAGGAGUCCACAUCAGCUAUCCCAACAAGCAUUGUCAUCGAGAGGAGGAACUGCUGCUGCUGGUAGUGUUCGCGGAGCUACUUCCGGUUGUCAACAACAAAAAAGGAGGACAGCAGUCAGAACUCCGUCUUCGACUGCGAGGGAGGAACUUCAAGGCUUACUCCCUCGUGCACCGAAAGCGAGGGAGGAAUUUCAAAUUGCAACCCCCCACCGAAGUCCUACUCAUCCUUCGCAAAGACCAUGCCAACCCUCUGCCUGCACUCCAAGCCGUGUCCGAGUCCGACCACCAGUUGUCCAUUCCGCUAUGAGCGCCGGCGGCGAUCUCCAGGGUAGCCUUCCAGGUCCUUCUUCCCCUACCUACGCGGGGAUGCCUGGACCGGUGACCCACUGUGUACGUCCGGAGCGCACGGGUCGAAGUGGUUAUGGUCGUGCAGCACCUGCAUGUAGCGGCGAUUCCGAGGAUCCAGAGGGUGUGGAUUAUCCCUCGGAAGCCGGGGGACGCUCACCAUGCAUGCCGACCAGCUGCGGUGGACGCACAGCAAGGCGCGAAAGGAACCGAAUACGGGAGAAGGCAGAGAGAGAUGCAAUCGAAAGGGCCAAGUGGAUCACGUCGAGGCUGGUUGCGAUGCCUGGACCGCAGCUGAAAGGGCAAACAGAUGAGCAGCGGUUAGGAAGCGACCUUGUUGUCAUAAAGGUGGGUGAUGGCCGCGGAGCUGUGCUUGUGGGGGAGGAUGCGGCGGGGUUAUCGUCGUUGUUGAAGGAAAAUGACAGUCACUGGGGCAGAGAGGGCUUGGCCAGCUCUCGGAGAGGACACAGUAGGGGCAGAGAUGCAAUCGAAAGGGCCAAGCAGACCCCUGUACAGGGGCAAAUGGAGGAGAAGUUAGGAAGUGACCUGGUUGCCAUAAAAGUCGGUGAUGAACGAGGAGGAGCUGCGCUUGUGGGGGAGUGUGUAGUGGGCUCAUUGUCGUUGCAUGUAAGUGACAGUGGCGAAAAGGGCUUGGCCAGUAGUAGGCGCUCCCCCGGGGUGGAUGUUCCUUUGAAAGGAACAACAGCAACAACAGCAACAGCAGGAGGGGGAGGGGGAGGGGGAGGGGGAGGAGGAGGAUGUGGUUUGCGAUCUAUGCCCUCAGUGGAAGAUGGUUUCGAAAGGGACAAGUCUCGCAUGAAUUUGUUGAGAAGACGAGGAGGGGAGAAGGUAGCUGUGUUAAAAAAGGUUGGCUUGUUUGGUCUGGAGAAGUUACUUCACCCACUGUUCAAACCAUUGUUAAAGGCGACAAGCAUGCGGCACGAUGUAGGGGUUUCCACCCUUCGGUCCUUGAUUCCUUGGUAGGCGAAAAGUGACUUCAUUGGGCUGGUACAUAACCUGCCCAGCAAAAUC